GCUGCUCGAGCGGCGCAGGCGCAGCGGGCGCGGUCGGGAGACUGAGGGCGAGCAGAGCAACCUCCUCUUCGCACUCCUCCGGCGGCUUCUGCGCUGGACUAGUUGGCGGCGACGCGGGCAGCACCGGGCUGGAGGCCCGCGGGCGGCGCGUUGCCAUGGGCUCGGGCUGGAGCAGCGAGGAGGAGCGGCAGCCGCUGCUGGGGUCCGGGCUCGGCCCUGGGCCGGGGGCUGCCUGGAGAAGCCAGGAAGCGGCGGCGGCGGCGCUGCCCGAGACGGCCCCGGGUCCCGGGCGGGUGUACGGGCGCCGCUGGCUGGUGCUGCUCCUUUUCUCGCUGCUGGCGUUCGCUCAGGGCCUGGUGUGGAACACCUGGGGCCCCAUCCAGAACUCAGCGCGCCAGGCCUACGGUUUCUCCAGCUGGGACAUCGCUCUGCUGGUGCUUUGGGGGCCCAUUGGCUUCCUGCCCUGCUUCGCCUUCAUGUGGCUCCUGGACAAGAGAGGUCUUCGGGUAACUGUGCUCCUGACAUCCUUCCUUAUGGUUUUGGGAACUGGUCUAAGAUGUGUACCUGUGUCAGACUUAAUGCUUAAAAGAAGGCUGUUGUUAAAUGUGUAUGCUGGGAUGGGAGCACUUGGAGUAAAGCAUUUGGUCAGCAAGGAACAGGAGUCCUUGAUAGAAUAUCAAGAAAAGACGUGGUUUUCUGCAGAUGAACGGGCCACUGCCACAGCUAUUGCAUCAAUGCUCAGUUAUCUUGGUGGAGCUUGUGCAUUUUUAGUUGGACCACUUGUUGUUCCAGCUCCCAAUGGGACAUCACCUCUUCUUGCUUCAGAGAAUAGCAGGGCUCAUAUAAAAGAUCUCAUAGAGACUGUAUUAUAUGCAGAAUUUGGAUUUGUCUGCUUAAUAUUUUCUGCAACACUAGCUUAUUUCCCACCCCGGCCUCCUCUUCCUCCCAGUGUUGCUGCAGCUAGCCAGAGGCUGAGUUAUCGGAGGAGCUUUUGUAGAUUGUUAAGCAACUUGAGAUUUUUGAUGAUUGCUUUAGCAUAUGCCAUACCCUUUGGCGUAUUUGCUGGCUGGUCUGGAGUUCUGGACUUGAUUUUAACACCAGUGCAUGUCAGCCAAGUAGAUGCUGGCUGGAUUGGAUUUUGGUCUAUAGUUGGAGGCUGUGUUGUUGGAAUAUCUAUAGCAAGGUUUGCAGAUUUUAUCCGGGGCAUGCUGAAACUAAUUCUUCUCCUCCUGUUUUCUGGGGCCACAUUAUCAUCCACAUGGUUCACCCUGAGCUGUCUGAACAGCAUCACACACCUGCCCUUAACCACAGUGACAUUGUAUGCCUCCUGCAUUCUCCUGGGAGUGUUCUUAAAUAGCAGCAUACCUAUAUUUUUUGAGCUUUUUGUGGAAACUGUCUACCCUGUUCCAGAAGGAAUUACUUGUGGAGUUGUCACUUUUUUAAGUAAUAUAUUCAUGGGAGUACUUUUAUUUUUUCUCACGUUUUAUCAUACAGAGUUGUCUUGGUUCAACUGGUGCCUUCCCGGGUCGUGUUUGCUCAGUCUCCUCCUCAUUCUGUGCUUCAGGGAAUCCUAUGACAGACUCUAUCUUGACGUGGUCGUCUCAGUUUAACAGCACAGACUUGGAGGAGUUAAAGGAGGCUGGAAAUCAAUACUGCACACUGCACAUUUGCUUGGAGUUGCACAUCUAACAGGAAGAAAAGGAGAAGAAACUUCAUUCAGAGGUUUUGUUAGGUUACAGAUUACCACAUUAAUUUAAUUACUAUGAGGGAAUGAUAAUAAGGGGCUUGAGUGGUGAUAGGGGAUUUUCAAACUCCACAAGUGGCAUACUGGGGUUGGAAGGAUGAUGUCUUACGCUAAAGCACUGAAUCCCUCCAUGUUUCGUGCCAGUGCUAAACUACUGAUUACUUGUAAUUAUGAAAAGAAAACAAAGGUGUCUAUCACAAGAAGAUAACCCCUGCCCUAAGUCACGUAUCAGAAUAGGAAUAAAGGCCACUAACUUCUAAAGAAGUUCAAAUCCUGGAUCAGAUUUUAAUUAUAAAAUAGCCAAGAGGUAUAUUGAUGAUAGAAAUUAGCCUGUGUACACUACAUUUUUUUUCUAAUAAAGCCAUUUCUUAUAUGACUCUAUCUUUAAUCA